AUGACUUCAUCUAAACAGGAAACUCUACGUCAAAGAAUUUUACAUUACUGGAGGAAGAAAACAUGCAAUGCUAUUGAAAUACACUCAUUGACGAAGAUCCCACCUACCGAAACAAUUAAAGUUACUGGAGAAAUUAAACGUAAAAGUGGUAGUGGGCGUAUUAAAAUAAUAACACCAAAUGCAUUCCGGGUAAUUGUACAAUAUAUUCGAAGGGAGCCUUCAAUUUCUGCCAACUCUGUUGCUGCUAAAUUGGAAGAUGUUGCUCCCACACAACAACUGAAUAUCAAAAUGAACUUCCCCUUCGCACACUGA